AUGAAGCUUUCCUCGAUCGUGUUUGGUGCCACAAUGGUAAUGGGAGUUUUGGCUGAUGAUUACAUCAUCUCGUUCAGAAACUUGAAUACCCCAGAUUCGGUGUAUAAUAAGGUCAAGCAGAAUGUUGUGAAGAAAUUCAAGGGUAAGAUUCUCAACGAAUAUACCAUCAUCAAGGGGUUCACAGCAAGCAUACCUAAUGUCGAUGUUAAGGUUCUUGAUAUGAAUUUGAAUGAAGAAGAUAGCAGUUAUCCUAUAGUGGUUGAAAAGGACUCAACUGUCACAAUUGCUGAAUAA